UAAUGUUGUGUGUCGCGUCGACGAGGUACGUCUCUCCGACAAUUAACGGCGAAUUACACCGUAAAAAGUGCAAUGCACGUCUCCUGGCGCAGUGAGAUCUAAACUUUUCGUUCUUUUUGCCGCGGUAACCUCGUCGAAAAGCGACGUUUGGAAAUCAGCGAUAUGUCUCAACCAACAGACUAUCAAUAUCGUUCUUAUGGCAAUGAGGGUAGCCUGAAAAAUGGUCCUCCACAGAUGGUAAAUGGACAGACUAGUGCGACACACCAUAAUGGCAUGCAGUCUCCAAAUUAUAACUUCACAGGCACCCCAUCCUCACAGUCAUCGCGAGAUCCAUCCAGAGAAACAUCAAGAGACCCAUCUCCGACUCCAUACCUUUAUAAUCAAUAUAGAUCACCUCUACCUCGUUCACCAAUGCCUCCUCCAAUCAAUGGCCAACAAAAUCCACUGAGCCCUGUAAUGCCACCACCAGCAAGGUUACCCCAACAGAACCCAAUGAAUCCUGUGAUGCCACCGCCAGUAAGGUUACCCCAAAGCCAGCAGUAUCCACCAAUGAGCAAUGUCCAGAACCAGUAUCAAGUACCAGCGACACAGCAUCAGCCACCUCAGAGAAAUGACUUGGCGAAUCCACAAGUGGAACCACCGAAGCCACCAGUAGCUGUGUUCGAUCAGAAUUUGCCAUCGAAUCCAGCGUUGGAAGCGAAACCGUACAAAAUUAUCAGUCAGGAGAACAUGGUGCCAGGAACGCAACCGUCGUUUCCGAAUCCUAUACAACCGCCCAGGGGACAGCCAGUUUAUCAGCCAAAUUUCGGAGGACAAAGAAUGUAUGCAAAGAACGCUCAUGUUAUGCAACACGCCACCGCUGUACCAAACACAAUGCCUUAUGCAGCAGCUGGAAGUGUGCCUCAGGUGCAAGCAAAGCCACAUUCGACUAUAGCUGCGGGAUAUCCAGGACAGAGGACGUAUCCAGCGCAGCAACCGAACAUGCAACCAAUGAACAUGCAGCCAGAUUUAAUGAACAAAAGAUACCCGGAACAGUAUCCCGACCAAAUGAACCAAUUGAACAACCAAAUGAACAUGAUGACUGUUGCACAAGCUGGAUACAAUAAACUAUGGGGAAUGGAGACUAUCGAUCUCUUACAAUGCAGAAAUGUUUUACCCUCGGAGAAAGUAGAGCCACCAAAAAUUAAACUUCAAGAAUUUUCAGACAGUGUUAAUUGUAGUCCAGAUAUUUUUCGCUGUACACUCACCAAGAUUCCAGAAUCGAAUUCUUUACUACAGAAAUCUAGGUUGCCUUUAGGAAUUUUAAUCCAUCCGUUCAAAGACUUAAAUCACCUACCAGUAAUACAGUGUAGCACGAUAGUGCGAUGUCGAGCUUGUAGGACGUACAUCAAUCCGUUUGUAUACUUCAAUGACUUGAAGAGAUGGAAAUGCUGUAUCUGUUACAGAAUAAACGAAUUGCCAGAAGAAUUUCAAUUCGAUCCCGUGACGAAUACGUACGGUGACCCGUCGAGACGACCGGAAGUCAAAACGAGUACAAUCGAAUUUAUCGCACCUAGCGAAUACAUGUUACGGCCACCUCAGCCAGCUGUAUAUUUGUUUGUUCUGGACGUUUCGAGAUUGGCAGUGGAAAGCGGUUAUUUGAAUAUAGUGUGCAAUGCAAUAUCAGAAGAAUUGUUGAGGCUGCCAGGUGACGGUAGAACGCAGAUCGGAUUCUUGGCAGUAGACUCUGCAAUACAUUUCUUCAGCAUACCGGACAACGUAUCUCAACCUCAGGAAAUGAUUAUGCUCGAUAUAGAUGAUGUUUUCCUUCCGUGUCCGGAAAAUUUAAUAGUCAAUUUAAAGGAACGUGAGGAGUUAGUUCGAGAUUUGUUGGCUCAAUUGCCCACAAAAUUCCAAGGGACUCACGAUACAAACAGUGCUUUGGGCGCGGGUUUACAAGCUGCGUAUAAGCUCAUGUCGCCAACUGGUGGACGCGUCACAGUUUUCCAAACUUGCCUGCCAAACGUCGGCCCGGGACGUUUACAAGCGAGGGAAGACCCUAACAGCAGAGCAAGCAAGGACGUGCCACAUUUAAAUCCAGUCACGGAUUUUUACAAGAGAUUAGCGUUGGACUGCAGUGGUCAGCAAAUCACGGUCGAUUUAUUCCUGUUGAAUAGCCAAUAUUGUGAUUUAGCGACACUUUCCGGUAUUUGUAAAUUUUCUGGUGGUUGCAUAUAUCAUAUCCCGUUAUUCCGUGGAGCGAAGUCGCAGAACGCGGAGACACUCGACCGAAUACUGAGACGUUAUCUCGCCAGAAAGAUCGGUUUCGAGGCAGUGAUGAGAAUACGGUGUACCCGUGGCUUGAGUAUUCACACUUUCCACGGGAAUUUCUUCGUUAGAACCACUGAUCUUCUGAGUUUGCCGAACGUGAAUCCAGAUGCUGGUUUUGGAAUGCAGAUUUCUAUAGAGGAGAAUCUCUCGGACGUUCAGAACGUUUGUUUUCAGGCAGCUUUACUUUACACAUCGAGUAAAGGUGAAAGAAGAAUCAGGGUACACACACUGUGCUUACCGGUAGUCUCGAAUUUGUCAGAUGUCCUUCAUUCCGCUGAUCAACAAUGCAUAGUAGGCCUACUUUCGAAAAUGGCUGUGGAUAGGUCCCAACAGUCCUCUUUAUCCGAUGCAAGGGAUGCAUUGAUAAAUGUGGCUAUCGAUGUGUUGUCAGCUUAUAAAUUGUCUCAGUCAACGAUGACUGGUGACCUGCUAGUUCCAGGAAGUCUGAAACUACUGCCUCUAUACAUUAUUUCUCUGCUCAAAUGUAUUGCCUUCAGGUCAGGAACGAGUACAAGGCUCGAUGAUCGAGUCUACGCCAUGUGUCAGCUGAAAACUCUGCCGUUGUUCCAACUGAUCCAGAUGAUAUAUCCGGAUCUCUAUCCUGUGCACACGUUUGGGGAUCAAGAGGUGAAGGAUGUCGACGGGAAGCUUUGCCCGCAACCACCUAGACUGCAUCUCUCCGCCGAGAAAAUAUUUUCAAGGGGCGCGUUUCUAAUGGACGCUGGCGAUCGAAUUAUGAUUCUUAUUGGCAAAAAUAUUCAUCCCACAUUCUGUUGUAACGUGCUCGGGGUGUCUGCUUUUGCCUCGAUACCGGAAGAAUUCUACGAGUUACCAGAGUUGGAGACCCCCGAAAGCGAAAGUUUACGCAAUUUUGUAUUUAGCUUGCAAGAGGAGAAACCCUACCCUGUUUCUGUACAAAUUAUUCGAGAUGAUAGCCACUUCAGAACACUCUUUAUUGAACGAUUAGUCGAGGAUCGCUUCGAGUCUGCCUUGAGUUAUUUCGAAUUUUUGCAACAUCUCAAGACUCAAGUGAAAUAA